GCGUAUCGGUUUAGUUUCUGAACCCGGUGAACCGCAAGUUCAAGAGUAACAACGUAACAACCACAAGCUACAACCUCGCAGACUGCGAAUACAGAAGUAGUGUGGCAGCAUCGGGUUAGUGUGGUCCGUUGCAAUCGCCGCGGCACCUGAGCAAGAAUGGCAACGACGACCAGCCACUUCACGCGGGUGGAGCAUGGAGUUGAAUGCGCUGACGAUCAUUCACUGCUUGCCCUCGAAUGCUGCAUUGUUUUCACUCUCCAACGAGACUGAAUGCUUUAGUCUAAAGCCGUCGGUCACUAUUUCUAGGUGUUGCUUCUCUGGCUCGUGGACAAGGUGGUGCCGACAAGUGGGUUGCGGACACAGCUGUCCUAGCUGUGCAUCUCGUAGCUACUUCGGAGGCCAUUAUAAAGCAUCGCCUGUGGCCUUCCGUGGGAAAGCCAUUGCGGGUACUGAUGCUGCCGACAUGCCCUUUGUGAUUUCUAACAUCGCAAGUAGCGACAGAAGGCGAAGAGUUGUAUAUGCCGUGGCCUGGCUGAGGCUGGACUGGACACAACUGGGCGCAGUUGGAUGCUGUCGGACACAGCUGGCGGCCGAGAUCGAGGUCUACGGACCUUAACUUCCGGGACGCGUCCUUUUCCACACUGGGCCCACAACACAGGGGUCCGGCUGCAUUCUUGGAUGGAUCAUGUUCGUGGUGAAGGCCACAUUGCCUGUUCUACAGCAGCUGGUGACUGCUGGCCGUGCCUGUGAGACAACCGUGGCAGUGCGAGCUGGCAACAGUGGGCGUGUGUCACCUGCCGGCUCCUUCUUGGUCACCACCAUCAAGCCCCGCUCGAGGCCAGAGAGUGUCACCUCCAGUGUGCUGUUGUGGCUUUUAGCACCGCUGUUGGGAGUGUUUCAUUUCAUUUUUAUUUCCUUAAAGACCCCUAGGGGGUAUUACAUAAGGGGUGGGUUAUUAUACAAUCAAUACGGUUGUCACAAUGAUCAAUGUACAGUUACAUUUGACAUGCUAUGCAUGAAGCUUGAUGGGCAGGUGAUUGUGGCAACACUGUGGGAAAGGCCGUUCCAGUAUUUUGCUUCCGUGGGAGAAAGUUGAGCACAAAAUAUUUUGGUAUGGGCACGUGGGUGAAAAAAUCUUAAUACAUCAUCAGUGCAGUGAGAUAAGUGAGCUUCAGGGAUAACGCAAGGAGAGCAAUUAAGUGCACUUGUCCUACCCUCGCAUAGCAUGUGCAUCUGCGGCAUCUGGCUAACUUUCCUGCAUUUUCAUGGCUAAGAGAAGGUGGCUGCAUCCAAUGGCUACCUGCUACGUGCACUUUGCAGGUUGAGGUUGGGGAGAGCAACCAGGUGUGCGUCUGCAUCUGAGAAAGGCUUAGGACCUGAGGGAUCCUGCAAGACAGAGUCCUGGAGCUGCAGCUGAUACAUCCUUCCUAGGCGCGUCUGAGAAGCCUGCUAGGCUUACUUAGAAUCUGUGGCCUCCUGCAAGACCUUGGCAUCUUGGAUGUUGCCUGCUGCACCACAUCCCCAUUCGAUGCAGAAGCUUGGUCCCAAGGUCUACCUGCCGAUGGGGCUGCUGCUAUCUCUGCAAGCACCAUCACCUUCACAGAGGGAAGGGCAUUGUCUGAACUGCAGUUCUCCCUGUGAUCUCUGAAAUCACGGGUACUAGCAGAUGGUUAAGAGGAUGAAGAGUGCCCAUGCAGUGGUGCUUGCCAUGGUCUGACUGGGGCUGAAGCUGAUGGUCGAUGAUGACCGACCACUGCAGGGCAGGACAGCGAGGAUGUGUCAUCUCCCACACCAUGUAUUGUGCACACUGGGUAUAACUGUGAUACAAGAGUAGUCUGUGAUCUGUUUGCUAUCUUACACUGCCAUGCAAGAUUAGCAAAGACAAUAAAAUUUUGGCUUUAGAUUUAAGUAUACCAGCAUAAGGUGCAGUCACUUUGUGGCAUAUGUGUUUGAGAAGCAUCCUCAGGCAUGCCAUUUCAAAUGUUGCCAACUAAAGUUUGUGCCUGGUUUAAUGCAGUAGAAUCGAUGGAGGUUCUCUUACAAUGAUGUAGCUGUAGCCAUCAAGUUCCUCUGCAUUAAGAUAUGGUUGCUGCAGAGUUGUGCUGUUUCAAGUGCGUUUGGGGGUUCAUUGAUUGUUUGCAUACUUGUUGACAGACACCAAGCAUUGAUAUUAGUUCUCACAAAAUGAGGCAUGCAAUGGCAAGCCAUUACAUGCCUUGUGUAGGUCAACAGGCUGCAUUCCAGACGUGCCAGGGAGAAAAAAAGCUUUUCACGAGGGAUAGCACUAGUAAAAUGCUGAAGCCUUUACAUUAGGGGUGUGCGAAUAUUCGAAAUUUCUAAUAUUUUUCGAAUAGUGUUUGCUAUUCGAUUCGAUUCGCACUGGAAUUUUACUAUUCGAACUAUUCGAACUUCCCAAAAACAAGUACAGUCAAUGUCCCAUUGAAAGUGACCCCUUCAGAUUUUCAAUAUGCUUCACCUCAUCACACCCCGGUAAUGCGGCAAAGCUGCCUUUCAAGCUCCGUUACGGUCGAACUUUGCCAAGAGACAACGUCCGAUUAGAAGUGGUCCCUAAAUUUUCAAUAUGCUUCACCUCAUCCCACCCCGGUAUUGCGGCAAAGCUGCCUUUCAAGCUC